AUGGAGAUCGAAGAAACACCUUCAAUCUCAAAGACUUCUUGCUUCAUUUGCUCGACAAUCCCGGCAUCAACGCACUUUGGAGUAGCCAGUUGUAGAUCUUGUAAGUGAUUUCAAUAAAUUUUACUGUUCAAAUUUUAGGCGCCGCUUUUUUCCGUCGAUCGAUCGUCUUAAAGCGGGAUUAUGAAUGCAAACGGAAAGGGAAAUGCAAGAUAUUUCAAGGUAAUAGGACUUAUUUAUGACUCCAAAUUUUAGCCGAUCGAAGCUCGUGUCCAGCGUGUCGACUGAAGAAAUGUAUCGCAAACGGAAUGCAGAUUAAAAGUGGGUUUUUGAAAGAUGAAGAUGAUUUGUCUCUUGUCAAUUACUUGUUUCUCUAAAGCCUUGAAAAGAGGGAAAACCACAAAUUUAAGGUCAGGACAGAGAGUUGUUUUUGUGUCGAUAGGUUAGAAAAUAGAGAAUUAGGAUAAGAGAAGAAGAUUCAUUAGGAAUUGACUAUGAAUUUACACGGUGUCCCAAAAAAAUGCAUGUUUUUUCUAUGGGUCUUGACACGAAAAUGAUUAGGUCAGUCAAAAAGAUUUUUGUACUACUAAAAUCUCCGUGUCUUUCUGUCCUAGCCAUUUCAUUUUUGUUUUCAUAUCGAUUAAUCAACAUGGCUUUUUGGAACAUCAAACAAAGGAACUGCGAUUUUGUCACUGUUUUUUGAGCUGUAUUGGGACUCUAUAGGUGGCAAAAAUUAAUGAUCUCCAGGUCAACCAAGGCCCAAUGGAUAAGAUAAAUGUCCUUGGAUUUUUUUGUGACGCUCAGAACAUCUUUUUGAAAGCUGUAUUGUAAGCAAGCUUUAUAAUACCCAUUUUAUCAGUCUGUCGGGAAAAGCAUGACCCAAAAUCGCAUCAUCGCCGCCGAGAAAAUGAAUUGUGAAACAAAUUGCUUUUCAUUUUUCGACGUGCCGACAUUGUGAUCAUUAUUUUCCCGACAGACUGAUACGUCCUUUUUUUGUGACAUUCACUGUGAGAAAACAAAAGUUCAGUCAGCUCUAUGCAAUUUGUUGCACCGUGCAAUAGAUUUCGUUUGGCUGUCCUUGCACUCUGAUAUUUUUGGCACAAUUCAUGUUGCUAAAAUCACUCCAGCGACUUUGCGAACGGACGUAGAAGAGCCUACGUUUCAAAAAUAUGACGCUCGCUAUUUCCACACUCUUCAUCAUACUCCGUAAUUUGUUUUUUUCUUUUUUUUGACACUUAUAGUCAUCGUUUUUAGAGAUCCGCCAUCAUUGCGACAAAAAUGGACCUUGCCAAAGAACAAUUGCCCCGAGGGCCGAAAGUGAAUUAACAAAAUGUCCUCCAACAUUGUCCAAAAUGGUGGAGGGAUAUAAAGAGUUUAUUGAAGACUCUAGAAACCUCUACUUUGCGCUGAAUCCAGAGAAUGCAUUCAGUCGGAAAGUUGUUUACAAAGCAGCGACAGCACAAGAGCACGCGUUUAUUGACCGUGCUGGAAUUACCUACUACCUGAAAAUGCUGAAUAAUUCGUUUCAUCCGUUCAGUGAGCUGAGUAUAAAGGAGCAGGUAGGUAAAAAAUUGUAUUGUAUAGCAGCGAUGAGAAAAUGCAUUAUGUUUUUAGAAAAGCGUUUUGGAGAUUUUCCAUUUCCGCUUUACCUUCCUCAACGAAUUUUAUUUGAACACAGUCUUCUUUCCGGGCAACACGGACAAACAUUUCCUUCACUUUGGAGCCUAUCUUGACUUCAAGAACCCGGAAUAUUUGUUUUCCUAUCACAAGAACAUCGAUGAAGCCAGCAGGUAGGAUUUUUUGAUAAUAUUUUUUGUCAAAGUAAUCACACCAAAAAAGGAGUGUGCUUGCGAUAUGAAGAGCUUCUUAGGUGAUUUUUCAGACCUUCUAGACCAUAUAUCAGUCUGUCGGGAAAAUAAUGAGCACUCUGUCGCAUCGAAAAUCGCAUCGCCGCCGAGAAAAUGAAUUUUGUCGCGACAAACUCAAAUUGCUUUUCACUUCAGCGACGCGAUUGGCGCAGCGACAGAGUUCUCAUUAUUUUCCCGACAGACUGUUUUUCAUACAAUUUCUAAUCGUAAGUUUCAAUCAUGCAUUUGAUACGGCUAUUUUUUCAGGACCUUCUUUCCCAUCGUGGCCAAAGUCAUCAAGGUCACCAAGAAAUUUCAAGCCUUGAAAGUGGAUCAGACCGAAGUUGUGGCAUUAAUGGGAGUAGCAUUAUGGCGAGAGAGUAAGGCUUCUUUUUUUUGUAUGUAUCAUCUGUCGGGAAAAUAAUGUGGAAGUCGCAGCAAAAUGUCUUUUGUGGCAGUCGCAAUUAGACUUGGCUGUCGGGCCGGCCCGGGCCAAAAAUCGCGGCCCGCGGGCCGGAAGAGGUCGGCCCGUCCCGUUUCAAUUUUUCUUCGGCCCGAAAAUUGAGAAGAAGUAAAAAACCUUAAUUCGCUAUUAGAUAUGACAUAUUUUUCUUUACUAUAACAACUAACAGUACAUUUUUAAAGCAAAAAAUUACUCACCAACGCAUUUCCUUUUUAAAAUUAAUCAAAAAAUUCCCGAGAUCCGUUUUCAGACUAUUAAAAAUUGCCCCAAGACCAAUUUUACAGAUUCAGCAAGGGUGGAACCACGUUUAACAAGGUUUUCAACUUCAAGAUGAUAGUGUUGCUUCACACGACUUCUUAAUUGUGUUUUUAAGGAUGUCGGUUACGUUUAUUUUGAGUUUUUGUUCAAAAAAUUACUACAAACACUAGUCUACAUCAGUACUUAAAAGAUUUUACUAGUAAAAUUACUUAUUAUUAACCAUUUUUCAGUACUUCCGUGCUUUAUUUUUAUAAAAUUACGCUUACUGUGAGAAAAAUAUAAACCCCCUUCUUGGCUUUGGGUUUUAAUUUUAUUGGCAACCCAACUUUUCGCUUUGAAAUUCAGAAUUUUAAUUUUGCCGGGCCGGCCCGGGCCGAAAGUUGCGGCCCGGCCCGGCCCGAACACCGGCCCGGGCCGGCCCAGCCCGGCAGCCAAGUCUAGUCGCAAUUCAGAUCUCCGGUUUCGGCUUGCCUCGCAGAGCGAGGAUGGGCGAUUCCAAAGCGCGAUGAAUCCACAUUAUUUUCCCGACAGACCACAAACCGACUAAAAAUUAAAAAUUUUCUUUUCUAAAUUUAGUUGUCAGCCAAUUUCCUGGCCGAGGCUACGACGAGGUGUUAGCCAGAAUCCAAGCAGAAUUGAGUGAAUACACCAGAAAUACAAAUGGUUCGGAUCCAUUCCGCGUCGGCCGCUUGAUGUGUCUACUGCGAGGAUUGGAAGAGCUCUCGUUGAUACUGAGCGAAUGCCUCACGAUUGGCUUGAUCAUGAACGAUGUUAGGCCGGAUACAAAUACGGAUUUGUUUAAGACUUGA